GACUCAACCCCAGUUUAACGCGUCCAGAUUUCCCGCUUGUUACUCUUCGGCUACUCACACCACGAGCAAUGACGGAAAUUACGGAAAUAAAAUUAGGCAAAUUUUCUUUUGACUAAAAUUAAUCUCUCCUUAAAAUUCAAGUGUUUUCAUAAGAUAACUUUACUAACAAAAGUGUUGAACAGAUACAAUUCAUUGAGUUUGCUUGGAAAAUAUUGCAAAUUAUUCCACCAGUUCGAUUUGUAAGGGAAAACCAUUUGAGUAGUCGUAAAAAGAGACCGAGAGCAUUAACGGCGUUGUCUGUCUAAAACGAUGGUUAUACUUCCUAUAUCCACAGAACAUUAGUGAUAAAGCUAAAUAAAAAAAAGGAAACUGGGAGGAACUGGUCGGUCACUAACACAACAUAACAAUCAUAAUAAAUAAGGGGUUUAGUUUGCAAAGAACGUGAUGCGCUGAGUUAACAAACGAGUUAUGAAAAGCUGUACGUUUUAUUAGUACCCUGAUUGUGAAAAAAACCUGAUUGAAAUUUAGGUUUUGUCCAUUCAAUGUGCUUAAUCAUCGCUGAACUGCAUGCAUUUGUUUACUAUAAAUGGGGCCCUUGACCGGCCUUGACACAACCAAACAAUGGAACACACACAUCACAUCCACAAUCGGCAAGUGAACACACAAACACAGCCCGGGUCACUAAACAUGUCACACUGACUACAUGAAUAGUUAAACACGCGUUUAACAGGUACCCUGACUGUAUCUUGCAGAACAAGGAGAUUUUCCACCUGAAAUUUGGUGUAAAAUUCCGUCAAUAACUGCAGCAGUCCCUCUAAAAAUCGAAAGGCUUUUGUUCGUAGAAGAGCGGGUCGUUCCGGGGUUGCGAUUUCUGCCGGUAUGUGAAAGAAAAAGUCUAUUCCAUAAGUGCGUGUACGAAAGGUGAUAGCACAAAGAGUGAAGGGCUGGUCUCGGAGCAUGCAAGAUCAUGACGCCAAGCUACAAUUCAGUUUUCCACUUGACCUUAGUCUUGUUUGUCGGAGCCGCUCUACAACUGACUGAAGGCAGUCUUGAUGCAACGCGAAGACUUGAACAACUUAUAGAGCAAGCCGAAAGGGAAUCGAAAAUACUCGCUAACGAGAUCAACCAAUGGCUGAUUCAAGAGAGCGGAAUUUCGGUGACGGAAGACGAACGAGCGCAUCACCGGUCCCGAAGAUCUGACGAUGAGGACGACGAAGAUGUGCGAACGGAUACGAACUUGGUAUCGGAUAUAGGUCGAUUAAUCGUCCGAAGAAAUGCCGGUGAACAUGAAGAUAAUCACAAGAAAAAGAAGGAUUCUCCUGAGAUCAAGAGAAAAGACGUACGGGUGGGUAAAGAGUCACAUCAUUUGUCAAAGAAACAUGGGUUACAGGCAGACAAACAUGUCAAGAAACGAAAUACAAAGAAAAAGGUACAAGACAAGACAAAAGCUUUGAAAGCUAAACGAAUUUCCAAGCAACAGGAUAAAAAACCGAAGCAUAAAGCAAACAGUGAUGAGAUAAGUAAAGAAAACCUGGUCAAAGCCUUGAUUGGAAGUGACGCCAGAGCAAAGGAUCACAAAGAACAAACUGGCGUCCCCGAGAAAGCAUACAGAGCGCUUGUGGAAUUCAUGGCUGGAAGCGAGCAGGCAACCAUCGAGACAGGCAGCAAGAAAUCUGACAUCGCCAAGCCACAAGAAGCAGGAGGGAAAGAUCUUCCGCGUUCUUCGAACGCGAAACAUGGGGUUCGCAGAAAGUUGACAAAGAAGCACAAGCGUGUUCUCGAAAUACUUUCGAAGAUGCCUCAAAGUGUUUUGCGUAAAUACUUCCAUCUUAAAGGUUUGGACAAAUACUGGAAAGUCAUGGACAAUAUUCGAAGAAAACAGGCUGAGAAAGAGAUUGCUAAAGAGAAGGUGAAGACGCAUAAAGAUGAGAAGAUUGUAAAAGUGUUAAAGGACCUUGCACCCAAAAAAACCAAAACUUUCACACAUCCAAAGAAAAUUAGACUGUUGCAGAAACAAGCUAAAUCACAUCAAAAGAAUUCCAAGCAAACUGUUUCGUCGCAUGAAGUAGUUAAAGACAAAGAAGCAGAAAAAAUGGUCAAAGAUGAAACGACAAAGAUGGCAGGGAAGGAUAAAGCAACAGAGAAAAUAGUAAAAGAUAAAACUACAGAGAAAUCUCAAAAGCCAUCAGCGCCGCACAGUUCCUUAAAGAGCCAGAAAGCAGCAAAGAAUGAUGCGAAACAGACGCAGAUUGAGACAGCUCUCUUCAAGAAGGAGCAAAGUCACAAGACAGCAAUAGAACAGCACGCAACACCUCAGAAAGACACGCAUAAGAAUCUACCAAAGAAGAUAAAGAGUAAAGAUAUUGUUAAAGUAGAAGAUAAGAUCAAGAAGAACGAUGCUGGAAAGAGUGCGGAAACGUCGAAAGACGCGCCUCAUAUUAAAGACGCUACUUCUCCGAAAAAGGCUAUUGAGAACCCAAAAUCUCCUGUUCAAGACUUGUCAAAAAAAGAAGCAGAAAAGAAAGUUAGUUUGAAACCAGCAGCUGCUGAACAAGCAGCGCUGACUAAGGCCUCAAAAGAAAAAGCUUUAAAUACGAAAGAUAAGCCAGCGCAAGGUGUGCAAGUUAACGCCAGUCACUUGAAAAGUCCCGCUAGUGUGGAAACCAUAAAAACAGCAAAGCUUCAAACAGCUGAAAAUAAAGAUCUGCCCACACAUGAAAUCAAGAUAACCAAAGAAAAACCUCAAGUACAUACAGAGUCACUCCAACUGAAAGCAAUGUCUCCUAACGUAACGAAGAAGGUGAUCAAUCAAAACAGUUCAACAGUCGCACACGAUAAACCCAAAGAAAUCUUGAAAGCUCUAGCGGUCACAGAACAUCACGUGGUCAGAGCAGCGCAUGCUCCUCAGAAGCCUGAGGUAAAACAAGAGAAAGGUUCUCAGGUCAAACAGCAAAGUCCUGAGGCGAGCAAGAUUGACAUUUUAAAGGAAAAGAUCCAGAAAACUAACACAUUAAAGUUCAAAGUGGCUCAAGCACUACUCGCUCAUUGUGAAACUCAGAACAGGCUUCGACAGGUGUUUGACGAGGUCAACUCUUCCCUGAAGAAGGCNACCACCCUCGUACGGCGGACACCUAAGAAAAACCCUUACGACUCAACCCCAGUUUAA